CUCGCAGCAGCAGCUACACACACAUAACAGCAAUCAAAUCUCUUGGCUCAGUCGAGAAGAUGGCCUCCUCCUCCAGGAUGCUCGCGGUGGCGGUGCUGGCGGCGCUAUUCGCUGGGGCCAUCUGCGCCGCGACGAAGGUGAAGUUCACGGUGCAGAAGGGGUCGGACGCCAAGAAGCUGGUGCUGAAGAUCGACUACACAAGGGCAGGCGACACCCUCUCGGAGAUGGAGCUCCGUCAGCACGGCUCGGAGGAGUGGGAGCCCUUCACCAAGAAGGGCGACGUGUGGGAGCUGUCGAGCUCCAAGCCGCUCGUUGGCCCCUUCAACUUCCGCUUCCUGUCCAAGGGUGGCAUGAAGAACGUCUUCGACGAGGUCUUCUCCACCGAUUUCAAGAUCGGCAAAACCUACGAACCCGUAUAUGAUGCAUAAUCGACACGUACCGCGUCCAAAUUUCAGUUGAUCAAGAUCGUCAUAAUCAAUUAUUAACCCCCAUGUAAUGAGUCGCGUUGGAAAUAUGCGCCUGCGUGAGUGGAUAGUGAAUAAGUUUUUAUGCACACGCAUAUGGUAAGAGAAGCAACGACCGGUGUGUUUACUCUCUCUUGCAUACAUCCACUGUCGAUGCAGCAGUUUUCUUUUGUGUAACCGGAUAUGCUCAAGAUUUUGAAAUAUUUCAAU